UCUUCUGAUUUAUGGAGCAACAAGACUUGGGUUGAUUUACUGAGCUAAAAUAAUGAUCACCCUCUCCCCAUAGUUGAUGUUCAGGUCAAACUCCUUAGUACUGUGCUCUUUCUGUCUUCCUUUUUCCCUUCCAGGUGAGCUCCAGAAGCUGGGAAUCAAAUGCUUUUACCAUAAUGCUGAUCUGGUGAGUUGGGCCGACGUGAUAUUCCUCUGCUGCUUGCCAUCUCAGCUGCCUAAUAUCUGCGUAGAAAUUCACACCAGCCUUGAGAAGACCAGCAUUGUGUACAGCUUUGUAGCUGCCGUCCCACUACCCAGGUUGAAACUACUGUUGAACCACACCAAUAUCUUGCGGCCUCAGUAUCAGUAUGGUGAAGAUUCUGUCAGCAUCUGGGGGGCCAAUAAGAAAGUCAUAGCUGCUCUCCAAGAUCCUACGAUUCUUCAAGCUACCUGUCCCUACAGUCCUGCUGGGGGAAUAAUCCUCAAGAUCAAGUGGUUGGAGGGAGUGUUUUAUGCGGCCCUAAACAUAUGCACAGCAAGAAACAUGGCCCACUCCCAAGUGCUGCAGCUUCUGAGUGAACUCUUUCUCUCCGUGCACUUUGAAGACUGUGGGAAAGACAUAUCAUCUUGCCCAAAGUUUCAAUUAACAGAUUUUGUCAGCAAAGCCUAUGGCAAGAACUUGUCUCGGGAAAGGCCUUUCCCCUGGUUUGAUCUGACUGCUGUGCAACUCAAGGAAACUCCGUGUAGCCAGCAUCUCUCAAGCAGUCCUGUUCUCCAAGACCACCUUACCCAUCUGUACUGUGCUUCAUUUGGCAUCUCCCUAACCAAAGAACAGCCAGUCGUUUCCACAGGCUCUCCAUCCCAAUAAGAGAACUCGGGAAUCAGGAUUUGUUCCCACUCACAGAUUUUCCCUACAAUAUUAUGCCCUGAUUAUCACAAUUGACUGUGGGAGUCUUGUGACUGUAUUGUGUUUGCCACAUGAUAGACAUCAGAAAUUAGAAAACUGUACUGAUGAGGAAAACAUAGAAUAAAACAAGUGGUCCUAUCCAUCAAUAUGUAUCUGGCUUUCAGAAGCAACUAGUGAAACUACACAACCUAACUUAAGUAAGCUGCUCCCACAGAAAAGCCUUAUUAAUACAAAUUAUUUCUCUUCUAAAAUUCAAGAAGUUAUAAUGUUAUAAGUU